UCUUUCCCAACAGCCUAAUAAGAUUUGAAAAUUGUGGUAUUCUAGAGCAUCCAUUCCCUCAGUUCAAGUUAUGUAUUUUUAAUGCUUUUAAAUUGUAUGCCUCAUUUCUACUUUAUCUACAACACCCUCUUUAUUUUCAAGCUUCUAAGACAGAUGUUUACUGAGUUUUCAUUGAAAAAAUCUAUUUUUCACUUUUCUGAUUAAAAUGUAGAGCUUUCUAACCACAAUAGUAUUUCUAUAAAUAAACUGUCUUUCUAAAAAUACCCUUGUUCUCUGUUCAUACAUAAUAACAAAUACAUUAUGAUGGUGACAGCUACAAAGCAUGAAGUAUUUACAGAAGAAAUAUUAGUUGUGUUAAAAGCAAAUUGAUAAGACAAAACUAAUUCUCUUUAAAAUAAAAUCUUCCUUAAUUUAACUAUUAAGCUUAAUGGCAGUAGAUGGACCCUUCCCCUCCUCUGGAAUUUUCUCUAGGAAGUUCUAUAGCAAAUACUUCAAGGAUAAAUUUCAUGGAAUUACUCUGGGAUUCAGGACUGCUGCACUCAUAUUCUUCUGCCUUUUCAACAAGACAAUCUGAACGCUUAUACAAACUACAAUGAGAAGACACUAUCUGGAAAAUAGAAGAUGAACCCACUUGAUGCAACAAAAUCAGGAUUUUUAGUGUGCAUUGCUGUCUGUAUGUUCAUCUACACUUUUAUCUACCUAAAGGAUACACUUUUCACAGAGCCAAAUGAGCAACGAUUUAAUGCAAAUAUAGCAGAGUGUGGUUUUUACCCAGAUGAACUUUGUUCAGCUCUUUUUGUGGGGAAAACUGCUGCCUUUAAAAUUGGAAACUUCUGUCAGAAUACCUACCAACCUAAACCACUCAGCUGCAUUCAGACUUCGUGCAACUGCUCCAUGGUUUUGAAGACUCUGCAUUUUAUCACCAGACCACUAUCAGAUGAAGAAGGAAAUUUCUCAUUGGCAUACAUUAUCACAAUUCACAAGGAGCUGGAGAUGUUUGUAAAGCUUCUAAGAGCUAUCUAUAUGCCUCAGAAUGUUUACUGCAUACAUGUGGAUGCAAAGUCACCCAAAGAUUAUAAGGCUGCUGUACAAAACCUUGUUAAUUGCUUUACAAAUAUUUUUAUUUCCUCAAAAAGAGAAAAUGUUGUUUAUGCAGGAUUUUCAAGAUUACAAGCUGAUAUUAAUUGCAUGAGAGAUCUAGUGCGUUCCAAAAUUCAGUGGAACUACGUUAUUAAUUUAUGUGGUCAAGAUUAUCCCAUUAAAACAAACAAAGAUAUUAUACGAUACAUCAAAAGUAAAUGGAAUGGUAAAAAUAUGACUCCUGGGGUAGUGCAACCACUUCACAUGAAACACAGGACACAGGUUAGUUACAGAGAAUAUAUACGUUCUGGAGUGUCGUAUGUGUACCCGACAAAGAAUAUAAAAGCUAAGCCUCCAUAUAACUUGACAAUAUAUUUUGGUAGUGCUUAUUACAUACUCACUAAAGAAUUUGUAGAGUUUACAUUGACUGAUGCACGUGCAAAAGAUUUGCUUGAAUGGUCAAGAGACACGUACAGCCCGGAUGAACACUACUGGGUCACACUGAAUCGUUUAAAUGAUGCUCCAGGGGCUACACCCAAUGCAGACUGGGAAGGAAACAUACGAGCCAUUAAAUGGAAAGAUCAAGAUGGAACCACACACAAAGGCUGCAAAGGUCAUUACAUCAGAGACAUUUGUGUUUACGGACUAGGGGAUUUGCAGUGGAUUAUUGAGUCACCUCAUUUGUUUGCCAACAAAUUUGAGCCUGCAAGAUACCCACUUGUUACAGAGUGCCUGGAGAGACGGUACAGGCUGAAGGUGCUGCACCAGGCAGAGGUGCCGGUCGAAGAUCACUGGCGGUUUCAGGAAGAGAACUAUUUCAACAUGAAGCUGAAUGUUUGAGUUUAGCUAACAUCUAAACAAGUGUUCAAACACCAACAGAAAUCAUUAACAUUUUUAGCCAUAAACUUCACUCUGUGCAUUACAGCAUGAGGGUAAGCACAAGACUGUACUAGUGGAGUAAGCAGGUUUUAUUUAUUCCCGUAAGAUAAAGAGCAACAACUGCUAAUAGGCUGAUUCUCAAUGAAAAUUACUUGUCUAAAUCUAUAACUUGCUGAAGACAAGGGGAAGUUCAUAAUAAAGUGACUUAUUUAACUGGAAACAUAUAUAUUCCUCAUGUCUGCAACAAAAAAAAGCACUAACUGGUAUGAAAACAAUAAAAUGGAUGCAAUGACUGAUCAAAGAUAAAAUAUGAAGAGCACAAUUUAAA